UUGACGUGAGACAACAAUAGCUCAUCCUGAAAAUAAAACAGUCACCACCUCCGCUCCUCUAAACACUUCUAACUGCGACACAUUAGCCAGGCCUGAACACUGAUUUGUUGGCUGCAGAAUCUCGUCGUUCCCGUCGGGCCAGUUGCAUAGGGCAGGGGUGCAGGUGAAAGGGAGAGAAGGGGCGGGACGGAUCCCGGCAGCAAGAAAGAGGAGGAGAAAGCUCACAGAAAGCAAAAGAUGACUGGGUGAAACAAAAUGGAUCCAACCAAGCCCAGCUUGAAAUGCUCCGUUUUGAAAAGUCGUUUGCACAUUAGACUCGAGUUUCCCAGCCGUGAAUUCAGCCUUUCCUCAAAAGCACCACAUGUGAAUGACGGCUGGUGGGGAAAUUAAUCAGUGAUGGAAGAAGCAGCGCUGCCAUGGCGAGACACUGUGAACGGGGAGAGACACAGGGACACAGAAAGCAGAGUGACAGAUGUUGUGGACGUGAUGACAGCAGCUGCAGAGACAAACCAACACCACCGGGGGUCAUCAGACAAAAACAAGUUCAACACCAUAGGCUAUCAGAGGAGAACCAAGCAGAAGGUGGUGACUGACUUUGCCACAGUGAGUAAAGGAACAUCUGCAGGAGCCAAACCCAGAGCUGCACUCAGACAGGUCCUGUUCAACCAGGGUGUGUCUGAGAAGAACCCGGCGUCUGAGGAGCGAGGUCAGCUGGAUGUGCUGAAGCAGGAUCUGGGGACCUACGCUGUGCCAGUCUGUCUGAAGUGGAGGUGGGAGGAGGAGAAUCAGGGAACAACACUGGAGAAGAGCUGGACAGAUAUAGUGCACUCUCAUUCGACAAUGUCUAAGAUGCAGAGACACCAGCAGGAGGCGCUGUGGGAGUUUGUUCACACCGAGCUCACCUACAUCAACAAGCUAAUUAUCAUCAGAGACUUGGUCAUUGCAGCUCUUGUCAACCUGCACCAGCAUGGAUUUCUCUUAGAGGUGACCCCUGAGCUGCUUUUCUCAAACAUCCCCUCUGUCAUCAUUGCACAUCAGCUCUUCUGGCAGGAGGUCAUCUAUCCCAUGUUACAGGAAGUCCGGAAGACAGGCAAGCCCUUUGACCCCAUGGGGUUAGAGGCUGGCUGCCUGCAGUUCCAUGAGCGCUUCUCCUGCUAUCGACAUUACUGCUGGGAGGAGGAAAACAAUCUAGAGUUCACACGCAGGCUGAUGGAGAGCAGCCCUCACUUUCUCACUUAUGUCCAGUGGGUGGAGACUCACCCUCAGUGUGAUCGGAUGCGUCUCGGGGACAUGCAGGCCAAACCCCAUCAGAGGAUCACAAAGUACCCUCUUCUACUGAAAGCCGUGCUGAAAACUACCCAUGAUCCUCAAGUGCAGCACAAACUUAGAGGCAUGAUAUCCUGUGUUAUCAGUUUCCUGGAGAGUAUCAACAACUACCUGAAGCAUAAAGAUGAGGAGCUUGCUCUCGCCAUUUCUGCUCAGAGGGUGGAGGGAUACGAGGUGGAAGGAAUCAAUGAAGAAAUAGACAAGCUAGUCCGUGAGAUCUCCCAGUUUGACCUGACCUGCCCCAUCAGAGGAGUGGGUACGGAAGUGGUUCGUAAACUGCUCCUGGAGGAGAACCUAAAGAUUCGGGGGAGAAAAGACAGCAAGCAGCUGGAGGUAGUGGCUCUGCUUUUCUCAGAUGUUCUACUAAUGACCAAAGUCCAGAAGAAAGGAGAGCGGUUGAAGGUAGUACGACCCCCUCUGGCCCUUGACAGAACAUAUUGCUUACCAUUAAAAGAUGGCUGUUCUUUUGUUCUCGUGGAGGUAGGCGAGCUUCAGACUGCUAUGAAUGUCUACAUAUUUGCAGCCAGCACCCCAGAGAGCUGUUCCAAAUGGGUCACCACCGUUCAGCAGGCAAAGGGAACACUGAGGAGACUGAAAGAAACAGAGUACAUCAGACAACUGGAAAAAUGGACACUCCAGCAGCUGGAGACCAAACCUGUUUCAGAUGCUAAAAUGGAUUAUUUGGAGACCGACAAACAACCUCUUACACAACCAAAAGGAGGGACUUUUGUGGAUGAACUUACUGAGGAACUUAUUAUGCCCACAUCAGAAAAUGGGAUGUUGGCGUCCAAAGAAGCAGAGGAACAGUAUGAAUCUCCUGAUAAUGUGGCCACAAACAGUACUGGUGUGCCUACUGUGCAAUCCCAGCCCUAUAAAAAUAACAAUAGAUUUUCUCUUAAGGGCUUUGCUGGUCAGCAACAACCAGUCAAAGGAUAUGAAUGGAUUGAAUUGGGAGUAAGAGGAGAACAGUUUGGAAUGAAUCCAGAGGAGGAGGAGAAAAUUAUUGAAUCUGGGAUUACAAAGGAGAGAAGAGGGAACCAAAAGGUGCAAGCUGCUCCAAAUCUGGAUCAUUUGCAUCACAGUACUUCAGCUAACCCAUCAAGAUACAACACAACAGGACCGCAUGUUCGCUUACUAGGUGAAUAUCCAGAUAUUGACUACCCAAUGAAUGAAGAAACUUCUCCACAACCGCCUUACAAACCGGCAGUUACCUGGGAGGGGACUGAGUCUUUCAGACAACCAGGAGAAGAAGGAAUAGCUACAAGGAGAUUCUCAGAUUCCCAGUCUGUCAGGCAGGAAACAAAGAGGAAUUCCACUUUAAGUCAUACUGGAGAUUUGGAAACACCUCCAGGUGUCUGGGGUUUCUCCAAAAAUUUGAAGUCACCUGGUUUACGGAGGAGGAGGCCGGUCAGCAUACAUCAGGGCUCCUCUACUCAGAUGUCUAGGCACUUUUUCCAGGACUCAUCUAACAACUACUCUGACUCUGAGUACAACCGAAAUAUGAAGAGAAACUCCCUUUCUUCUGGCAAUAGCUCAGAUACACUGCGGGUGCUUAAACUGGGCUCCCUAAAGCCUAACCAGGGGAUGUUUUUGAACAUGCAUGAUAGAGACUCUCCAGACCCACAAACAUUUUCUGAACCUGAGCUGCCUGAAGUAAACUCCUAUGAAAAAAGGCCCAUAAUGAAAACCAAACGGAGUGCCUCCAUCCCUAACAUCAUCAUCGAAGGAAGCCAUGGACUCCGUCAUCAAUCCAGUCUAAACUCACUUCCCCUUGCAGAAGAUGCACAGCUCCCACUCUCACCCCGAAACGAACAAGCCUCGCCCCUGGAGGGUCUUCUGGAAAGAGCCAGGGAAAGAGAUGGAUUAAAAAGAAAUAGAUAUUUGAAGGUGUCUCAUUUGAGGUCAAGGAAUCCUCCUUCUCCUUCAUAUUCCACCACACCGUCACCACCACCCAGUGAUGGAGAUAGGGACACAGAGUGGGAGGAGGAGGUGGAGCUGAUGAGACACAGAGCCCCCACAGUGAGUCAGGGAUGGAAAGAGCAACUGGUGGACGGGGAUGACGAUGAUAAGAGAUACAGUGUUAUCUUUACGGAUGGUGUCAAUGUGGACUGGUCAGGUUGGUGCUUCGAUGACGAUGAGGUCAUGGAUCAUUUACAACCCAGAGCUGAGGGGCUUCUUGAGGGCAUCCGCCGAUCUUUGACAUUAUGGGAUCCUCAUGAACCAUCAGAGCAAGAUGUCGGGGAGGUCAUCCAGAUGUAACACUCAAACUGCACUACAGAGUCCUGAAGCCACUAAGUGGGUUAUAAACUAGACUUCUAAACAACAACCUAAAGUUCAGUCCAUGAACGUGAAGUACAGGCGGGCGGCACAAGGACAGCAGGUGAUUUUAUUUCAUGAGUAUCUGAAGCCCACAAAAAUGUUGAACGACCAUCUUUCAUCCUGGCCUUGUAGCCUAUAAUAAUGAUUGUGAUCAAUGAUGAUUGUUUUUAUUUUACUAUGAUUUGUUGUCAGUGUUUUCUGUAAAUAUAGUGAAAAAAUAUUUUUAUAGAAAUGUCUGUAUAUUAUUUAUAUCUGUAUGUAUUUCACCCUCUAGUAAGCUCUUAGGUUAACUAGAGUCUAGUUGACCUGAGAGCUUUAAUUGUACAUAAUGGAAAAAAUUAAAACAGCUUUAUUUCUUGCAAA